CAAUACUGGAAGGGAUUAUUGAUUUUUAAAUGCAUAUAUUUCGACUUAUAUUCAAAUUUUCAAACUUUAUUUCACCUUUCCUUAAUUUCACCUAAUUCUUCAUCAUUUGUACCUGGUUGACAAACAGCACAUAAGACAAGUUCAGGUAGUUAAUAUGUCACGAUUAGACGAUAUCAAUCAUCACAGUGAAAGACAACCCUUACAUAAGAAUGGUUUAGAUGAGAGUGGUCACCCCUUGGAAAAUGCAGACAAUGAUCAUGUUUCAGUCUCCUUAAUUCAACAUGGUCGUAUCACAGACAGAAAUGGUCAGAGUACAUACACAGGGGACUCCAUGUUUCAAACAGCUGAAAACCCAUAUCGUGACACCACUGAAUCAGAUCCAAAUUUACAAAGAAUUCCUUCUACAGAUCUGGUUCCAAGACCCUGGCAAAGUUUCCGCCAAGUUUUGAUUGUGUCAUACAUCAGUUGUAUCUGUUGUAUUUUUACUGGAUUUGCCGCGGUCAGAUACUCACAGCGUGCUCGUCGCCAUCAAAACAAAGGACUUAUGGGAAUGGCUCAGAAAGACAUUAAGAAAGCAGUCAUGUUUAUUUAUGCUAGUUUUGCCAUUGGUUUAAUGUUGAUAGUAUUUAUUCCCAUUAUUGCUGUUUGUAGCAGUAGUGAAGGUUGUUGAAAAGCUCACUUUAACAUCUCAGUAUCAGAAAAUAGUCUUGUUAUUAAGGUUUUUAAUGUAUGC